AUGUACAAAAACUUUCCGCGCAUCACAAUAGCACGGAAUUUGGCAUUUGGGAAAGAGCGAUUGAGAUUUAAGUACUGCGACGGGCGGAAGAGUGGGUUACGGAGUGGGUUGCAGAAUCGGAUGAGAAGUACAUCUUGUGAUCUUGAUUUUGAUCUUGAUUUUGGUCUUGAUUUUGGACUUGGAUUUGGACUGGAACUUGGGGUGUGUGAUUGUAAUCGUGGGAUUGUGGGGUUGUAUACGCAUUUGUGGAGGAAAAGGGAAAGGGAAAGGGAAAGAGAAAGAGAAGAGAGGCUUCUUGGGAAAAUGGAGAAUGUAAGUGUGAGGGAUGGGGCGGGAGAGGGAGAGGCGGUGGAGAUGGAGAUGGAGAUGGGAGGAGGGGGGGAUGCGAGGGGUGGAAAGGGUGGAAAGGGUGGGAGAGGGGGGAUGGGAAAGGGAAAGGGAAGAGGUGCUGCUGCUGGUGGUAAUGGUACUGGGGGAAAUGAAAAAAAUAGAGAAAUGCUUGUUAGUAAGGCGUUGUCGAAGUUGUUGAGACAUGCGGCGGAGAGUGAGGGGGUGAGGUUGGAUGGGGAGGGGUUUGCUAGGUUGGAUUUGGUGAUGCAAUGGCCUCGUCUCAAAUCUCUCAAACCUACCUUUGCCGAUAUCCGCACCGCCGUCACCGAUAACGCCAAGCAGCGUUUCUCCAUGAAACCCAAUCCAUCCCUUCCAGAACCGCCUUCUCCUUCUUCCGAAAGUCCAGAACAUUGGAUGAUCCGUGCUAAUCAGGGACAUUCCAUCGCCAUUGAUUCCGCGGCGCUACUGGUCCCCAUCACGCUCGAAGCGGGGAAUGUACCGGAAACAUGUGUGCAUGGGACUUAUUUUGCUUUUUACGACGAGAUUGUCAACAGUGGAGGAUUGAAGAAGAUGGGGAGGAAUCAUGUACAUUUUGGGACGGGGGUUCCGGAAGAUGGGGGGGUGGUGAGUGGGAUGAGGGGAGAUGCGGAGGUGUUGAUAUAUGUGGAUGUGAAGAGGUGUUUGGUGGAGGAACCGCAGAUGAAGUGGUGGGUUAGUGAGAAUGGGGUGGUUUUGACGGAGGGGGAUAAAGAAGGGGUGGUGGGAACGAGGUUUUGGAAGAGGGUUGAGGGGAGGAGGGAGGGGGGUUUGUUGUGGGUGGAUGGGGUGAAAGUGGCGGAUUUGGAGGAGGGAUUGAGGAAUAGGAAGGCGCCGAUGGGAAAGGGUGGGAGAGGUGGUGGUGGUGGUAGAGGUAGAGGUGGAAGGGGUGGAGGAAGAGGAAGGGGAAAGGAAGGGAGGGGUGGUAGAGGUGGUGGUAGAGGAGGUAAAAGCUCCGAUGGAAAUACGGAGAUUGGUAUUGAAGAAACAAACCUGUAG